UAAAGUAAGUCGGUGAGUGCGCGACAGUCGGUCCCGUAUUGUGUGGAAUCGAGCCGAAUCACUGGAUCGCCGUUUUGUUAUGUAAUUCUUUUCUGCCGCGCCGCACCGGUUUCCGCUUCGCGUCGUAGAAAAAGAUCGCUCCGUCGAUCGAAUUCGUUCCUGAACAUACAUAUAUACAUAUAUAUCUGCUAUAUCGUCUGGGAUACUGCGUAAGCUGCCUUCAAGAUGGGGGGGAUGUUCAGGAGCGAGGAGAUGGCCCUUUGCCAGAUGUUCAUCCAACCAGAGGCUGCCUACCUUUCCGUCUCUGAACUCGGAGAAACUGGUACGGUGCAAUUUCGUGACCUGAACAGCGACGUCAACUAUUUUCAACGAAAGUUCGUCAGCGAAGUCCGGCGAUGCGACGAGAUGGAACGGAAGCUUCGUUACAUCGAGGCAGAAGUGAGGAAGGACGAGUUGCCCAUCACCGAAAACCUCACGGAAUCACCACGGGCGCCAAAUCCACGUGAAAUUAUAGAUCUCGAGGCCAACCUCGAGAAGACGAGUAACGAUAUAUUAGAGCUGAGCCAAAAUGCGGUGAACCUGAAGAUGAACUAUCUCGAGCUGACGGAAUUACGGCACGUGCUCGAGAAGACGCAAGUGUUUUUCAUGGAGGAAGAGGCCCAUGACUCGAUUACCAGGACGCUAAUUAACGAGGAAACACAGCAUCACAGCGCAUCGAUUCGAGGACGUCUCGAAUUCGUUGCUGGGGUGAUAAACCGAGAACGAGUGCCGGCUUUCGAGCGAAUGCUAUGGCGAAUAUCGCGUGGAAACGUAUUUCUACGUCAAGCUGAACUAGAGAAGCCAUUAGAAGAUCCAGCUACCGGCAACGAGCUUUUCAAAACGGUGUUUGUCGCGUUUUUCCAAGGAGAACAGUUAAAGAACCGCAUCAAGAAAGUUUGCACUGGUUUUCACGCGUCUUUGUACCCGUGCCCGCAUACUCACGCAGAACGUGAAGAAAUGGUCAAAGGUGUUCGGACGAGAUUGGAAGACUUAAACUUGGUGUUGAACCAAACGCAAGAUCAUCGUCAACGUGUACUGCACAAUGUUGCGAAAGAACUACCUAACUGGAGUAUCAUGGUUCGCAAGAUGAAGGCAAUCUACCACACGAUGAACUUAUUUAAUAUGGAUGUUUCCAAAAAGUGUCUUAUAGGAGAAUGCUGGGUACCCGUAGCAGAUCUCGGAAUUGUCAGAGAUUGCCUUAGCGAAGGAUCGCGUCUCUGCGGUAGCUCGAUACCGUCUUUCCUUAAUGUUAUCUACACAAAUGAGGAUCCUCCAACGUUUAACAGAACGAACAAGUUUACGAGAGGUUUCCAAACUUUAAUUGACGCCUAUGGUGUGGCAUCCUAUCGCGAAGCUAACCCGGCUCUUUAUACAAUUAUAACCUUUCCCUUUUUAUUUAGUGUCAUGUUCGGCGAUGCUGGCCAUGGUUUGGUUAUUACCUUGUUUGCUGCGGUCAUGAUCAUAUGGGAGAAGAAGUUUCUGGCACAGAAAUCAUCGUCUGAAAUUUGGAAUAUAUUUUUCGGCGGACGUUACAUUAUACUGCUGAUGGGUUUGUUCUCCAUUUACGCUGGCUUCAUCUACAAUGAUGUAUUCUCAAAGUCAGUGAAUUUGUUCGGAUCUAGUUGGCAAAUUUCUUAUAAUGUAAGCACAAUCGAGGGUAAUGCUUGGCUUCAGUUGGAUCCGGGGGACAAAGAUAUGUAUAAGCAAGCACCUUAUCCUUUCGGCAUGGAUCCAGUUUGGGUACUGGCUGAGAACAAGAUUAUAUUCUCCAAUUCGUACAAAAUGAAACUUUCGAUCAUCUUCGGUGUUGCGCAUAUGAUUUUUGGCGUCUGCAUGAGCGUCACCAAUAUCAUGUAUUUCAGAAAAUACUCGAGCUUCUUCCUCGAAUUCUUACCACAACUGAUCUUCCUUAUUUUAUUAUUUUUCUAUCUGGUGGUUUUGAUGUUUGUCAAGUGGAUUUUAUACGAUGCCGCUGGACCAGAUAAGGCAUACCAUCCACAGUGUGCUCCGUCGGUGUUGAUCACAUUUAUUAACAUGAUAUUGGGAGGCGAGUCCGUUGUACCAGAAGGUUGUUCAGCAUACAUGUUCCCUGGUCAGGCUAAAUUACAACUUGCUUGCGUUGUACUGGCUGUGUUAUGUAUACCUGUAAUGCUUCUUGGCAAACCAGUUUUCUUUUUGGUAUCGAAGAGGAUCAAAAAGAAGAACCUUAUUAUGAGUAAUGGAACCGCGUCUCAAGACAUCGAGUUGCAAUCCGAAUCACUUCAAACUCCUCCUUCGACUACCGAAGGAGCUGGCCAUGAUCACGAAGAGGAUUCGUUUGGCGAACUUAUGAUCCACCAAGCUAUUCACACCAUAGAAUACGUUCUUUCCACGGUAUCUCACACUGCCUCUUAUCUCCGUUUAUGGGCUCUAUCGCUAGCUCAUGGUCAACUAUCCGAGGUAUUGUGGAGUAUGGUGUUGCGUAAGGGUUUCGGCGCCAGUGAGAAUAAUUAUGUACAGAGCGUUGUUUUAUUCUGCACUUUUGCCGCUUGGGCCUUUUUCACAAUUUCUAUUCUUGUUUUGAUGGAAGGCCUCUCAGCUUUUCUUCACACACUUCGACUUCACUGGGUGGAGUUUAUGAGCAAAUUCUACGAGGGCCAGGGUAACGCCUUUCAGCCAUUUUCUUUCAAGAGUAUUUUAGACGCCGAGGAAAUCGAGGAGUAGGCCGUCUUGGAUCAACAGCAAUAAUUAUAAUUAGAUACGUCGAGAUACUUGUUUUUAUUUUGUAAUCAACUCAACAGUAUAAAGUAUCAUCCACGAAACUUAACUGCUAACCAAAGUGUUUGCAUAAAAUGCGUGACGUGGAUAAUCCCAGAAACAAUCAUGAAUCCAAAUUGUUUGUAAACUCGUUCCUUUCUAAUAUCGUAAGACGAUAGUAUUCGAUUUAUAUGUCUUAUAAGCGCUACAGAAAUGUAUACUUAAGCCUAAUUUCUAACAUUCUCGUCGGAUAUUCUUCAAACAAAGAUAUCCAAACCGUCGUAUGAUUCAUCAAUCAACACUGCGUUUCAAAACUGUAUCACAUUUUUAAAUAUUAUGUACGUUGAGUAUCAAAAAGGUAAAGUACAACGGCGAAUAAAAUUAUUAUUCAAAUUUACUGGUAAUGAACUUUUAAUGAAUAAAGAUGGGUAUUUAAUCAACUAAAGUAUCGGCGUAGUACUAAAGCAACGAAACGUUUUUUAAAAAACAAACUAUAGAACACACGAACGAUAAUUAAUCUAAUAAUAUAUUUUUGUUAUUGGUAUACAAUUCAAUCUAAUUUUUCCUACAAGUCUGAUAUGGUUGUAGCGAUGACAUUUUUCCAAUUUCAAGAGACGAGAGAAACAAUAUAAUUUCGGUCUGUCAGUUCAUCUAUUUUUUAUCGCAAUAUUAUCAACGAGCUGGUGUCAUAGAGUACUACAGCCUUUUUCUUGUGAAACCAGGAUGUCGCGGUUGUAUUGUUACAUAAAAUUAUGUGCGCAGGAAAAUUGUACAAACGGUGGAUAAUAUAUUUGUAAUCGAAUAAAUGGGUAGCUUGAACUUUAUAACUGGACAUAUGUUCGAUCGGUGCGCGGUGUAUUUAUUCCAUCAAUCAUUCGAAGGAGUGGGGAUAAAUUGUAUUACUGUUUAGACACGAUAUUUCGACAACAAAACAUUUAAUCGCACGAUACGAUAUAAUAUGUUCCAUCUUGUACGGAUACGGUAAUAUAUAUAUAUUGCAAAACGAGAAAAUAUUAAAUCUGAGAACGAUGGUGCGAAUGUACAUACUAUAUUGUUAGAGUACAAAUUGCUGUGAGUGGUUGGCAGAAAGUAUUCACCCUUAACUAAUAAUGAAAGGCGUCGUUAGAUAUGUAUCCAAUAUAUGUAGAUAUUAAUAUAAUAUCCAAAAACAGAGUGAUGCAAAUAUAUGACUAUAUUUUGUCAACAUUGUAAAAUUAAA